CAGAGCGGGACAGUGUGUGUGUGUGCGUGCGUGCGUGCGUGCGCGUGCACAAGUGAGGCGAGGGGGAGCGCGCAGCAUUGCAGCUGUAAAUGUGACUCCGGUGGCUUUUACAUCCACUUGGAAACUUGCCCGAGAUGGAGAGCAAAAGAUGUCAGCAUCAUCCAGCACGAUGUCCCGUGUCUGGAGUUUUCCAGGGAUGAACUGACUCAUGUGUGGGUCAGUAGGGUCUGAUGAGGAGAUAUGGGAGACGGACAGUCAGAGAUGUGUAAAGCGCACACCCUGUUCGAUGCCUUUGUGCUGGCCGCCACGUGCAGGGAAACUCUUAAGGCGUUUGAAGAACUGUGCAAAGAACUCAAUCUUAAUUCGAGUGGGCAGCCUCAGUUCUACCACACACUGAGAAACAAACUGCACUACUGGAAAGCCAAAGCAUUAUGGGCCAAACUGGACAAACGUGCCAGCCAAAAAGAGUACAUGAGAGGCCAUGCAUGCGCUAACACCACGUGUUUGAUCAUAGGAGCGGGGCCAUGUGGAUUGAGGACAGCUAUAGAGUUGGGUUUCUUGGGUGCUCGAGUGGUUCUGGUGGAAAAGAGAGACGCUUUCUCGAGAAACAACGUACUGCACCUCUGGCCCUUCACCAUUCAGGACCUUCGUGGUCUCGGAGCCAAAAAGUUUUAUGGAAAGUUCUGUGCUGGAGCCAUAGACCAUAUCAGUAUUCGACAGCUGCAGCUGAUGCUUUUAAAAGUUGCCUUGUUAUUGGGUGUUGAGAUUCAUGUGAAUGUGGAGUUCAAACAUCUGUUGGAACCUCCAGAGAAUCAGGACGACCAAAGGCUUGGUUGGAGAGCAGAGGUAAACCCUCAGUCUCAUCCGGUCAGACAGGUGGAGUUUGACGUGGUUAUCGGAGCAGAUGGGAGAAGAAACACUUUACCAGGGUUUCGCAGGAAGGAGUUUCGAGGGAAACUGGCUAUUGCCAUCACUGCAAAUUUCAUCAAUCGUAACACAACCGCUGAGGCUAAAGUAGAGGAGAUCAGCGGAGUGGCCUUUAUCUUCAACCAGAGAUUCUUCCAAGACCUACGCAAAGCCACAGGAAUUGAUCUGGAGAAUAUUGUAUAUUACAAAGACGACACUCACUACUUUGUCAUGACAGCCAAAAAACAAAGUCUUCUGGAUAAAGGAGUGAUACUGCAUGAUUAUACAGACACAGAGACGUUACUGUCCAGGAAGAAUGUGGACCAGAAUGCACUUCUCUCCUAUGCUCGUGAAGCGGCUGACUUUUCUACAAAUCAGCAGCUUCCUACCUUGGAUUUUGCCAUCAACCACUAUGGGCAGCCAGAUGUGGCCAUGUUUGACUUCACCUGCAUGUACGCAUCUGAAAACGCGGCAUUAGUGCGACAGCGUAGGGGACACCCGCUGCUGGUUGCUUUGGUUGGAGACAGUUUACUGGAGCCCUUUUGGCCAAUGGGAACAGGAAUUGCUCGGGGCUUCCUGGCAGCUAUGGAUACGGCAUGGAUGGUGCGCCGCUGGGGUCAAGGGCUUUCCCCUUUAGAGGUUCUGGCUGAGAGAGAGAGUGUGUAUCGGUUACUUCCUCAGACAACACCUGAGAACGUCAGUAAGAACUACAGUCAGUAUCGCCUGGAUCCAGCAACCCGUUACCCCAACGUCAAUAUGCAACUUAUAAGUGCUGCUCAGGUGUGGCAUCUCGUAGAUACAGGUGAAGGUCCCAUUUUUGGCGUUGACACAGUCAGCUCUCCGCACCCAAGACUUACACGGCAAGAGUCAACAGCCCGUUACAGUAAACUGCUGAGCUGGUGUCAGGAGCAGCUGAAGGGUUAUGUCAACGUUUAUGUGACAGAUUUCACAACAUCAUGGAGAAGUGGCCUGGCCCUGUGCGCCCUCAUCCACAGAUACAGACCUGACCUCAUUGAUUUUGCAUCUCUGAAGGAGAAGGAGGCGGAGUUUAACGGUCAGUUGGGUAUGACUGUGGUGGAGCAGGAAUUUGGUAUUUGUCCUAUAAUGACCGGCAAAGAGAUGAGCACGUUAGAAGAGAGCGACUCUCUCUGCAUGGUCAUGUACCUCAGUCAACUCCACGAGCUUCUUAAAGACACCACGCCAGCUAGUGAGAGCUUGAACUCAGAAGAGAAAGCUGUUGUGUUCUCCAGCCCCAGGUCACCUAUCGCACUACUCAGCAAACUGGGACAGAGUUUGUCCCGCAAGCGCAAUCCCAAGGAUAAGAAAGAGAAGGACACAGACAGUAUUGGCAAAAGGAGAAAAACAAGCCAGGAUGACCAGUCAGAUGAGGACAUUCCUCAUGACAGCAAAGAUGAUCAGACACCAGUGAUGACGCCCGGGUCAGAAACAAAGUUGGCUGAGGGUCACAGCAAGGUUCGGACCAUGGCCACGCUACUGCUGGCUAAAUUUGAGGAGAGCGCGCCAUCAGCAUCAGCCACUGCAAUACGCAGACAGAGCUACAUUCAGAUGUAUACGGGUGGAGUGAGCUCAUUGGCUCAGCAGAUAGCCAAUCAGAUUCAGAGUCAGAUGGACCAAGCUCCUAAACUCCUUCACAGGAGGGAGUUGGGCUCUCAAAAGAAGGAGUUUCCCGUGAAUGUCGGUGGCAGUGAUGUGUGUUAUUUCUGCACCCGGCGUGUUUAUGUUAUGGAGAGGUUAAGCGCAGAAGGAAAGUUUUUUCACAGAAGCUGCUUCCAAUGUGACCACUGCAGCUCCACGCUACGCCUCUCAAACUAUGCCUACGAUCAGAUACACGGAAAAUUUUACUGUAAGCAUCACUUCACUUUCAGACUGGCUGGAAUGACUCAGAGAAAGCGUCCGGCCCCGACAGCGGCCCAGAUUCCUGUUCAGGCAGCCCCUGCACCAUCGUCAGCUUCUACUUCUCUGUCCUCACCGGGGUCAGUGGGCACAGCGAGUCCUCCAGAGUGCUGGUCCAGCUCACGCCCAGACCUGGCAUCCAGCCUGGCCAAACGAUUGUGUGGUACUCCUGAGCGCAUUGAGUUGGAGAACUACAAACCCUGUUUGCAGCAACAGAACAGCCUUCUUCAGGAGGUUCCUGAGGAGAUGCUGGCACAACACAACCUCAGUGCCAGCCUACAGGAGAAAAACUCUGAUGAACAGUCGAGUAGCUCAGAGUCAGAGAUAGAGGAAGAGGAGCUUUCAUGGAAGCAGGAGGAGGAGCCAUUUGAAAAUACCAAUGAAGAAAAUGUGUUGGAAUCAGGGGAGGGACUAAAUGGGGAAGAGGGAGGGGAAAGUCAGAAAAGACAAGGGGACGAACAGAAAGAAGAAGAAGAAGAAGAAGAAGAGGUGGUUUCAGAAGAAGAAAAUGAGGAGGAGGAAGGGGAAUCUAGUGAUGAGGGUGAAUACUGCCCUUGGCAGAGGGAACGUCUCUCAGGGGUGUGGCUUGAGGAAGAGGAGGCGGGGUUUGUUAAAGAGUUAUGCAGUGUUGAACAGAAUAUAGAGACCUUCUCAGACAGAGAGUCCAAACCAUGUGACCAACAUAAACAAGAAGAGUCAAGUCCAAUCCACCAAUCACCUGCAGAAUCGACAGAGUCUCCGCCCUCCCUGAAACACACUGCACUAGAAGCAGACUCAGGUCCCAGCAGUCCCAGUUCCACACCCAAACCGGACAUUGAGAACCCAUCUGUCAAGAAAUCAGAGAUCAUAGAGGAGUUCUGGCUCAAGAGUGCUGAGAUCCGGAAGUCUCUGGGCCUGACCCCACUGUCCAAAGACCUCGUGGAAGUUUCCUCAACCCAAAAAUCCACCAGUAAAGAAAGCUUUUACACUUCAGUCACUUACAUACCAUCCUCCAAUACCUCUCCAUCAGAUUCUGUCUAUCAAAUGCCAAAAAACAUUGAGAAAAACACUACAUCUGGACAAUCUCACACUAUGGAUGGUGAAGCCGGUUUUGGAUUAGAAGAUGCUAUAAAUCGCUGCUCUGUAAUUCACAGACUCAGCAUUACUGUAGAAGGUUGCGUGAUGUCUGACAAACAAGGUUCAGAUCCUGAUACAAUCUCUUUUAGUCCGGGAGCGAUUCAGGGACUUUCAAAUACAGAUGCAGGCUUUUUGACUCCACCCUACAGCCCCAUUGCCAAGCAGUGUGGUGCCACAGGCCAAUCUGAACAGCCACUGGAGCGAGAGGUUCUGGUCUGCUCGUCUUCAUGCAUCGUGCCUGUCAGCAAACCAAAACUCAACCAAGCUCAGAGCCUUCCCACAGAUGAAAUAGAGAUCUUGUGCGCAGGCGACGCUGAAGAGUUUCACCCCCAACCGUCUAUGCCAACCAGACUGCCGGAAAGAUGUAACAUUGUGGAAAGCGACAACACGCAGGGUGGCAUAGAUAAGCGCGGACACAGCAGGACGCUUCCAGACCGCGUGGUCGCUCCGCUGCUGGCAGGUGGACCGGAGGUCAGGCUGCGCAGGUCGGAGAUGAAACUGUGGGGUGCUGACACAGGUGUGGAAGAAAAGGAGAAAAAACGCAAUUUGUUGUUUUCACCUCGUAAAAGUAGGAAAAGCUUGAAUGCGGUAGAGACGCAGCAGGAGCCAGGGAAGCAGAAGUCUCUCUGGAAGACUGUGUUUUCUGUAUAUAAGAAGGACAAGAAGAGGAAGAACGCAGGGACUGACACGCUACCAGCCGCUGCUAACAAUGAGAGCAAGAGAAAAGGACCGGGUAUCAGCAGAACAACAGAUUUGUGCUUCAGGAAGAAUCCUAGUUUCUCUGAGGACACAGAUUUGUCCUGCACUGCUGUUUUAGAGAGGUGUCCACUGAGAACUCAGUUGAGUCAGGAGCUGUCUGACAUCAGAUCAGACAUUCAGAAAAAAACUAUAUUUGAGGAGGUACAAGAAUGGGAUGAGGUACCAAACCUGACAUCCAGAAAGUCUUUUUAUGUGCCUCACGCGUUGGCGUUCAAGAAAGCCUACGGCAUUAAGAAACAAAGCGUUAAACCAGAGCAUCCCAUGAAGGUUGCUACCCCUGAGUCAUCGCGCUCUACAGAAGUGCUGGGUGUAUGGGUGGUGUUUCCAGACCCGUCCAGUAUAAGUGUGUGUACCACGCUGUUUCAGAAGGCAGAAACGGAGGAGGAACUCAAUGCCAAGCUGACCCGACGAGUUCAGAGAGCAGCGCGGAGACAAGCCAAACAGGAGGAGCUGCGGAGAUUGCACAGAGCUCAGAUAAUCCAACGUCAGUUGGAGCAAGUUGAGGUAAAGCAGAGGCAGCUGGAGGAGAAGGGCGUUGCUGUAGAGAAAGCCUUGAGAGGGGAAGCAGACUUCUGGGAAGAUUCUAGUACAUCUGACCUCUUGGACAUACAUCUGGGUGUGGAGCCCGUCCUGGGUUCUCCUCGUAGAAGGCCCGUUUAUCUCUGUCCGUGCUGUUCUUCAGAAGCCAAACCUACAGGGUCAGAACACGAUCACUCCAUGUAUAUCUGUACCGUCUUUUUCCUUUACGUUGUGCAAGAACCUCCACUUCACCUGCUAAGGAUGGGGAAGAAAGAUGACCCGAGUCUGAUGCAUCAGUGGUUUAAGCUGGUUCAGGAGAAGAACGCUCUUGUGCGCUAUGAAUCGGAGCUCAUGAUAUUUGCACGUGAGCUGGAGCUUGAGGACAGACAGAGUCGACUACAGCAGGAGCUCAGAGAGCGAAUGGCAGUGGAUGACCAUCUGAAAGGAGAGGAGGAGCUGGCUGAGGAGAGUCGUAUUUUGAGCGAGAUGUUGGAUGUUGUGGAGCAGCGGGAUGCCCUGGUGGCUCUGCUGGAGGAGCAGAGAGUCAGAGAGAGAGAGGAGGACAAUGAUCUAGAGGCGGUGAUGCUGUCUAAGGGCUUUAGUUUGCACUGGGACUGAAUCGAUUUGCACAUGCACGAUUUGCAUCAUACAGCUGGAAGGGCUGCGCCAUGUCAAAAGUAUGCAGCUGCUUUUUUUCAUUGGCCACACAGACUCUUCCACCUGCACUCCGGGCUACAAUUACAGCGGUACUUACAUGCUUUGCUGUUUUAUUGAUAUACACCAGGACUCUCAGUUAUCUGAAGUGCAAAAUGAAGUUCUUUGGGGAUAAGUGGAGUCUUGCUGCCAAAUAAUGCUACUGCUAUGCUACUAUGCAAAGGAACAUCAGUCUUUUAUUUGAUUUUACUUGGUUUUUAUUUUUACUUAUUAUACACAUUCAGCCAUAUUGUCAGUGUAUAGUAAUUUCAAUUCAGACUUACGCAUGUAAAAAUAGAGAAGAAAUAAGGCCUGUCUUAAUGCAUAGCUGGGUUGUUGUUAAAACUAUUUUUUAAAUGGAUAACAUGCAUACUAACCUCACACACUGAUUGUAAUACAAAGGCAAGUAACGAAUGUAUUGACUAAUAAGUGUUUUACAAUUAUUUUGGUUUGAUCCGGGAACAGGUAAAAUAACUUUUCUCAUAAGGUUUGCUUUACAGCAUUUGUUUUAAUUUUAUUCUGUCCUGUAACACUUGCAAUAAACUUUUCAUUUGAAUGAAAUUACA